AUGAAAGGCGCAUCUAAACAAAAGAACCUACUGCACGGCCCCUCAGUCGCCUUGUUCUCAUUCCUGCAUCUUGCGUUAUCGGAGAACGUAAAUUCUUCGCUCCACGCCAUAGCGAGGUAUGUAAUCUACGCUGUAAAGAAGCAACGAACGACCCAGACUGGCGACAAGCCACAAAACUCUCACUUACGGCGCCAGCAGUGUGAAGAAAUAAACAACGCCACCAGCUGCACAAAUUCUCCCGUCUCACUCUGGCACUAUGGGCUUGCUGCUGCCCGACGGGAGACCCUUUGA